UAGUGAAUUGGUAACAUCUACUAUACCAACCGUCAUAUCUAAAUUUUUACUUCACUUUAAUGAGUGUAAAGAUUGGAAUGGGAUUACAUUGGAGUAUUGUACAAUCAAAUUUGAUGAAUGUCAGCUGGGUGAUAUAAAUGAUAUAAAUUUAUGUAAUGUAAACUUCUGUGACUGCCUUUCAAAUCAUGUUACAAAAGAUGAAUUGGAAAAUGUUAAUCCAGCAUGUAAAAACAGGCUAGUUGAUUUUUGCCCCGAUACUUCUGUUCUUUUAUCAUUUGACUUGGAUUCAAAUUCAUUUAAAUUUAAAGAUACUAUAUGGAAUUUGUUCUCGACUUAUUCUAGUUUUGUUUACUUGGGUCUAUUAUUUAUGAUUAUAUUCAUUUAUCUUUAUGUGAAAGGAUACCUUCACUCGUAUCCAUUGAAAUAUGAACAGGCUCCAAGUGAAAUGUCUCAAGUUGGUAUCUUAUCCGAUCUCACAAUGAACAUGACUGAAGUCACACUUUUAACACCAACAAAAUUGAAAUCAUCAUCAGAUGUCAAAUCGGAAUUUUCAAAAAAAGUUUCGAUAAAUUGA